UAAAACAAUUUUUCACAUUCAGGUUUCAUUCUCACACAAAAAAACAUCGGUACAUAUUUCGAUAUGUUGUUUUUCCUAUUCCUCUUAACCAUUUUCUAUUUUGUUAAUGGUCUCGAUCGAUCAAAUAACAAGCUUAAGGCUAAAUAUCUAGAAGAUUUGGUUGAAACAGAGGUGAAAAAGGCUCAAACGUAUAAAACAAGAAUCAAUAAUGAAGAUCUACUCGGUACUGCUUCGAAGUUAACCAAUUAUGGAUCAUUCGAUUUCAUCAUAGUUGGUGGAGGUUCAGCAGGAUCAGUGGUUGCCAACAGAUUAACUGAAAAUCUCAACUGGAAUGUAUUGCUGCUAGAAGCAGGAGAUGUCAACGAUGAUUAUUCUGAUAUGCCUUUCGUUUUUGAUGCUUCUGCAUUAUCGGACAGAAACUGGGGCUAUCUGACCACACCACAAAAAAAUGGAUGUUAUGGUAGAGUGAAAAAGCAGUGUCCUUAUCCACGUGGAAAGAUUCUGGGAGGAUCUGGCAGCAUUAAUGGACUUUUCUACUCAAGAGGCAUCAAAGCAGAUUACGACAGAUGGGCUGAUGCAGGGAAUCCAGGAUGGUCGUGGAACGAAGUUCUACCAUAUUUCAAGAGAAUAGAGAAUUUUGAAUCAGAACACAUCGACCUUAAAUACAGAGGAUUUGGGGGUCCAGUUAAUGUAGCAUAUAUAAAGCCAGAAACGGUUCCACAAAGAGCGUUCAUUGAAGCGAGUAAAGAGAUUGGUAUACCAUUUGUGCAAGACUAUAACGCGGCCGACAUAAAUGGUGCUUCAUGGCUCCAACAUAACAUCCAAAAAGGAAGAAGGGUAAGCGGUGCCAACAACUACGUCAGACCGGCUUGGAACAGGAUAAAUUUCAACAUAACACUCCGAGCUUUCGUCACUAAGAUCUUGAUUGAUCCGAAGACCAAAACAGCUAUCGGUGUUGAAUUCGUGAAGGACAAUAUAAAAUACGUGGCCACUGCCAAGAAGGAAGUAAUACUCUCAGGUGGUUCUAUAAACUCUCCCCAGUUGCUUAUGUUAUCUGGAAUAGGACCAAAAUCUGAAUUGAAAAAGCAUGGAAUCCAGUUGAUUCAAGACUUACCGGUAGGACAGUUCAUGAAGGAUCACAUAUGGUUUCUUGGUCUUCACUUCAGCUCUAACUACGUUGAACCUUUAAUUACCACGAAAGAACUUGUCAGCAGGUACCUUGGAGGUGUUGCAUCCUUACACCAAAGAAGUGUAUCGUACUUCAAUUCCAGGAAUUGGACAUCGCCGAUCCCCAAUAUCGAAUUGUCUUUCGCUCCUCCUUUCCCAACAGAACUUUAUUUUCCUUCUUUCGAUAAUGCGGAUCAAGAGAUACGCCUUUUUGAUAGCAAAAUCAAUAAGUCAACCGAUUGGCAGUUUCAGCUAUCUCUCGUCCAUCCAAAAUCCUCAGGUAACUUGAAAUUGAAAUCCUCGGAUCCUAAUGACUUCCCUUUGAUUGACAGUGCUCUUUUUGACGAUCCGGAAGACAUCGAAGAUUUAUAUAGAGCGAUAGAGAUCGCCUUGAGCUUAGCCAAUACAUCUACAGGAAGAAAAUUCAAUCUAGAACUCAAUUUAAAUAUCCCGUCAUGUCCUGAUAAAUACGCGAGGAGGCAACCUAGAAGAUUCUGGUAUUGUGUAUUACGUCAAAUUGCCUUACCAGCGUACCAUCUUUCUUCAACUGUCAAAAUGGGACCACCAAGUGACCCUUUGGCCAGUGUGAAUCAUGAACUGAAAGUUUACGGAGUUAAUAACUUGAGAGUUAUAGAUGUUAGUAUAGUUCCAAGUACUGUAACUGGACACAUUAACGCACAAGCGUUCUUGAUAGGAGAAAAGGGUGCUGAUUUGAUUAAAAAAGAUCAUUCGAAGAAAUAAAAUCGCUGUCUUAUC